UCUGCGAGUUUUCCCGAGCCAACUCGCAUAUUUUCAAAACUUCACACCUUGCGUCCCCUAACGUAAUUCCCUCGACAGAGCUCCGAAAGGGUCAAUUGGCAGCCAUUGUCAACCCGCGCACUGUCCUUUUCAUCGCUCGCUCCUUCCCAGCAGUCGCGUAAUCCAGGCAAUUGCCCUCAAUGUCUUCCUCCUCGGGAGUUAACGUGCUGCGAUACACUGCCCUCGGCCUGGGCGUGUUCUACGGUUUCACACAUCAGCGAUCAAUCACAGCAAGCCAGAAGGCUGCCGCCGCCGCGAAGGAGUAUGAGCGCAAGGAGAAAUUGAUUGAACAGGCGAAGGCCGAGUUUGCAAAGAAGAACCAGCCCCUAAAGACAGCGGCUGCUGAUGCCGGAGUCAACAUCGACCCGAUGGACCCCAAGUUCGACCUUGAGGCCUACUUCAACAACCUGGUGAAGCAGAACCCGUAAAAUGGUCGAUUGCUUGGUGGAGGGGACGGCUUGCACAACGGAUAGACAGGAUCAGGAUCGGUGAUACGCCUGUGCAAAGAGAAUACAAAAAGUCCUUGCACAGGGCUAAUAAUCUGGUCUUUCGGCAGCAAUAGGUGCAUGGAAGACGCCAUGCCCGAUGUCACUGCAUAGACAUUUCCUUACCUCUGUUUACCGGAUGUACAUGUGUACAAUACGCUCAACUAGAUGACAAUUCCAAAGAACGAGCCAUUGGAUGACAUCAAACACUUAUUUUUAU